AUGGCUAGGCGUGGUAAAGGCAACUUAGCCAGUAAACUAAGACACCAACAGUUUGAGGAGAAAACCCAGAAGGAACUAAGUAAAAGAUUGGCCAAUAAGGAAUUAAACUAUUCUAAGAAUGCGAAAAAGUUACAGAAGAACAAGGUGAACGAGGAAUUAAUGGAAAAAGGUGUGGAAAUUCCAUACGAUGAGAAAAAAGUUUUCAUUCCAUUCAACUAUAACGAUAGGAUAAUUAUCAUUGGAGAUGGUGAUUUUUCCUAUUCCUUGAGUAUUGUGAAGAAGAAACUGAUCAAACCUAGCAAACUAAUUACCACAUCAUAUGACUCGUUAGAGGAGUUGUACGGAAAGUACACCAGGGAGACUAUCGAUGCGAAUAUUAAUGAGUUGAGAGAAUUGGGUGUAACGAGAAUAUACCAUGAAAUCGACGGCACAAGAUUAUGUGAAAGUUUUGGUAUUCAAUCCAAGAAUAAGAAGCGUGGUGAUGGGAGUGGGAAAUCUAUAAAAAUGCUUGGCGGUUUAACAGUUCAGAAUAUCCUUUUCAAUUUCCCUCAUAUUGGCAAACAUAUCAAAGAUGUGAACAGAAAUAUAAUGAAGAACCAGGAGAUGUUGCACGCGUUUUUUAAGAGUUGCUUGGAACUAUACCAGGUUUUAAGAAAACAAAGGGAAAACUUCAAAGGAAAGGCGGAAGAAGAAGAGGUGGUGGAAAGUAGAGAGAGUGAGAACAACCAAGACAGUGAAGGUGGCUUUGAUGAUUAUAACUCAAACCAUUCUAAACAUAAUGAUGACGUUUUCGGACAGCAGAAGAAUAAUGAUGAGGAGAAGGAGUUGAUCACGGUGACACUGUUCGACGGACAGCCGUACGACAACUGGAUGAUCAAAAGGCUUGCAAGGGACGCAAUUGGAUAUAGCGUACAGCGAUCAGGUAAAUUUGAAUGGAGGUUUUACAAUGGAUACCAACAUCGAAGGACCGCCGGUUUGGGAAAUACAAACAAGGCUGCGCACACGAGAAGUGCCAGAAUAUACAAAUUUGAGGUUUUUUCUCCCCGCAAGCACAGCAAAACCCACCAAUAUGACAGUGAUUGA